CAAAAUUCUAUUCAUUUAUCACAAACACAACUGAAGUAUAUUUAUGGUAAUUAAGCAGCAACUGAACCGAUGCUUGAGAAGGAGAUACGUGGAAAUUGGAACCUUGUGAAUUUUGAAAAAAAAAGUUGCCAAAAAUGGAAUAUACUUGUUCAGAUUGCGGAAUGACAUUUUCUGAAAAAAGUGCAUAUCUUGAUCAUCAGACGACUCAUGCAGAAAAGACAUUCAAGUGUGAUAGGUGCUUACUAGUAUUUCAAGAUUCAAAACAUUUAGAUAUACAUAAGAAAAUCCACUCAGAAGUGAGCUGGCAUAUGUGUGAAAUAUGCAAUUGUGGAUUCACUGGAAGAAAAGCUUUCGAACAGCAUCAAAACACGCAUACAGAAAAACAACAAUAUACAUGUAUAACUUGCGAGCAGAUAUUUCAAAAUGAUGGAGAUUUACAAAACCAUGUAAAAAGUGUACACAAAUCUGAAAGGUCUAAUUAUAUUUGUGAAAUAUGUAAUAAAGAGUUUGAUGAUAUAACAACGUAUAAGAUGCAUUGUACACUUCAUCAAACCUCAAAAAAACUAGUGAGUGAAGCAAGACGUUCUCCAUAUAAACCCUUCAAGGUACCAUUGAUGCAAGCAGCAGGACAUUCCUUGCCUGAAAUUGAAAUCUUGGAAGUACGAGAAGUGCAAGCAAGACCUUCCUCACCUGAAAUUGAAAUCUUGGAAGUACCGCAGAUGCCAGCAAGACCUUCCUCACCUGAAAUUGAAAUCUUGGAGGUACCACAGACGCAAGCAGGAACUUCCUCACUUAAAGCCAUGCUGGUAUCACGGAGAAAAGAAAGACGUUCCUUACCUAGAACCUUGCAGGUACCACAGAAAAAAGCAAAACAUUCCUCAUCUCAAGCUUUGCAGAAACCACUGACACCCAUGCCAAUUAGUGAAUUCGAAAAACUAUUUACAGAGAGUAAACGUAAAGAGCCUGAUUCAACUAAAGCCAUCCGAGAAUUAUUGGGCCAAGCAGAACCUUUCUCACAGCAAACCCUGCAGGAACCAUUAGUGCAAGCAGGUCCUUCCUCAACACAAACCUUGCAGGAAUUACAAAUGCAACCAGAGACAUCGUUAACCUCAACCACGGAGGAAUUAAGACAGUUAGAAGGAACUUCGUCUGCUCUGAUCCAGCAGGAACCACAAAAUCAAUCAGAACCUUCCACAACUCCAGACCCAGAAGCAGUACAGAUGCUUGUACAAAGUUUGCUUUUUCGAAUCUUGCAGGAUCCACAAGUGCAAGCAAGACCGUUGUCAAUUUCAAACCAGCAGGAACUAUUAGUGCAAGCAAGUCCUAGCUCAACAGAAACUUUGCAAGAAUCUCAAAUGCAAACAGGACUUUUGCCUCCAUUUUCUACUUUCAAGCAUUCUUCCUCAACACAAACCUUGCAAGAAUUACAAAUGCAAGCAGAAACUUCGUCAACCUCAACCUCGGAGGAAUUAAGGCAGUUAGAAGGAACUUCGUCUGCUCCGAUCCAGCAGGAACCACAAAAACAACCAGAACCUACCACAACUCCAGACAUGAAGAUAGUACGGGAGCUUGCACAAAGUUUGCCAUCUCCAAUUUUGGACAAACCACAAGUACAAACAACACCGUUGUCAAUUUCAAACCAGCAGGAAUCAUUAACGCAAGCACGCCCUUCCUCAACACAAAACUUGCAGAAACCAUCAAUGCAACCAGAACCUUUAUCAACCCCAACCCUGGAGGAACUAAGGGUGUUAGAAGAAUCUUCAUCAUAUCCAAUCCUGGAAGACGUAGACAGGCUUGUAGAAGCUUUUUCAGUUCCAAUCUUGCAAGAACCACAAGUACAAGCAAUACCGUUAAACGAAGGUCUUGAAGGCUUCGAAGAGUUUGUUGUUGUUAACAAGGUCUUUCAGUUGGCAUGGCCAAAGAAGUCCUUCAGAGUCUGCUUCAUUGCGGAGUGGUCUCCUCUGAGAGUUGUAGUUCGGACAAGUGAAAAUGAUGUGGAAUGGGUCUUCGUCUUCUGGAAUCCCGCAGUUGCAUUUGGCGUUACCCUUGUUGUGGAACCUGUUGAGGUAUGCCCUGAAGUUUCCAUGUGCUGUGAGCAUCUGGGUCAGGCCGUGGUUGGUAUGGAAGACGUGAUUGUUCAGCCUUUGGUUGAUGUUGGGGAUGAAGGCGUACGUGUAGCGACCCGUGGUGCUGUUGUCCCACUCAUUUUGCCAUUUGUUAAUUAUAAUGGAACGGAGAGAGCUGAGAACAGCCGUGAGUGGUAG